ACCAAAAUCAUCCAUCCAUGAUGCUUUASAGAAGAAAUCAUACGGUACGACACCGUAGGUUGCAUUUCAAUGAUACUAGAAAACAUGCUGAUUGCGAGAGAACUAGAGUUGCAAAUAUUGCAAAUUUCAUAUCAAGCAAAAGGAAGAUAUUAAGCACAGCGAACAAGCAGCAUGGCACCUCCACCUUCUCAGCGGGGCAAGUUCCGACCRAAAAAGCCCCAAAAGAAAACAACAAAACAAGCCGCAGCGGGAGCGACAGCGGCAGCAGCGACUUCGUCUGCAGCCUCUGCGGCAACUUUCGACGCCGGUGCUAUUUCCAGUCAAAGAAACGCAGCCGCGGUUUCUGAAGGAAGGGCAGGAACCGAACGUGGGCGUGGAAGAGGCGAUGGACGUGGACGAGGUCGUGGAAGAGGGCGCGGUCGCGGGCGAGGAAGAAUACCAAUACCGCAGGGCACAGUGUUCUUUACAGGCGGUGAAAAGAAGUCAGAGUCGUCUAGAAAGGGAUCAGCGAGCAAACGAGGAAGCAGURUUACUGCUGGUUCAAGUCGAAACAAAGGAGAUGGAAAGAACAGCAGCAGAGGCCCAGGAAAAGAUGGUAGGGACGGAAAUGAUGGAAGCACAGAGGAAGUCGUAGGUCAACUGGAAACCGCAAUCGGAGGUACCGGAAAGGCGAAGAAAAAGUCGAUUCUAGAGAGAGAGUCUGAUUUCUUGGAGGAGGAUGGUCCURCAAAUGACGAUAAUCAGCCAAUGAACCUGAGUUUAACGGCAGGCUGCAUGUAUGAUUCCGACUCAAGUGACGACAGAUCAACCGGAAAGCCUAGRAACCUAUCGAUGAUAGCUCCACUCGAACUCCCGUUUCCAGAGAAGUCUCUGCCCAUGGGAGUGGGUUCUCUUUGCCCAAGAGAUAGCUACGUCGUUCCAGAUCCAAAAAACAGUGGUGUUGUGGAUGUCGAUCAUUCGGAAUCGGUGCAUUCGCCCUUUGUCUCCUUGCACAAAACUGAAGAURUUGUCGAGGAAAAGAAUUCAUGGUUUUUGGUGCAACUUCCGACCCGCCUUCCGCCAAUGCAAAGAAAUAAUGCUGAAAAUGGUGCCGGUGCCGGUGGAGGGGAUGAGUUGCUGAACGAAGAUAAUGAUUUGACGGACUCAAAGCCAUCUUCUUCGGACGCCAACAACGCCAUGAAUAACAUAUCCGAAGUUGUUGUCCCGCCUGUSUCGACCAGUCAUUUUGAUCAGGGUCUCGAUAAGGUUGCACCUGGUAGGAUUGGGAAAAUACUUGUAUACAAGAGUGGCAAGACGGUACUUGUAUUGGAGGACAGAAAUGGCAAGAAGGUAAGUUCUGUCGGAUUGGAGAGGAGUUUUUGAUUUCAAAACAAUGACAAAAUAAACUCUAAAAACUUUGUUCAUGAAAUUUCCUUCCUAGGUCACAAUGGAYGUGAACGAGGGCCUUACUUCUUCCUUUCACCAACAAGCUGUUUCCGUCAACGUCGAAGAAGGAACUUACAUUACACUUGGGAGUGUCGACAAGUCCAUAGUGAUUUCACCUGACCURACAAGCAUCUAGUCUCGUCAAAAACUAAUAGCAAUCAAUUUUUUUCAUWCCCGACAAUCGCUUUAUAACUGCCUUCUUGUAUUGUGUGAAACUCUUAUCUGGGAAAUAAAUAAUUUUUCAAUUC